AUGAUUGAAAAUUAUACAAAAAGUAACACCAAUCCUAAUUCCAGUGCUAGUGCCAGUCCUAGUGGAAAUUUUUCAGCUGGAAAGAAAAAAAGCAUUCCUGUGCCUGUAAGUAAAGAUCCUUGUGGACCAAAUUGUUAUCAUAAUAUAUUGUCAACAUCUAAUGAAGGAAAAGGAAAAGAAUUGGCAUUUGAUUCAUCCGAGUGGAGUGCUCAAGAUAUUAUUUUGUACAAUAAAGCUCGUGAAUUGUUUGGCAGUGAUAACCAUUGCUUUAUAGCAAAAACAAUCAAAUCUAAAAGCUGCCAACAGAUAUAUUUGAGAUCAUGUCAUGUUGAUCCUUUUAUUAAAAAUAAAGAUUCAGUGGAAAAAACAAAAGAAGAUACAAAGAAAAAAGCUAAAAAAGCAGCAGCAGUAAAAAUAGAUAAUAAUGCUCAAAAACAGAAUGAAUAUACUACCUGUAAUCAUCCUGGUGAACCUUGUGAUAAAUCAUGUCCCUGUUUUAAAGCAAAUGUUUCAUGUGAAAAAUACUGUUUCUGUGAUCCAGAUUGUAUUAGAAGAUUUUCUGGAUGUGAUUGUCAUAGUACUGGUGGUGGAAUUUGUUUGGAUACUAAUUGUCAUUGUUUUAAUAGUGGAAGAGAGUGUGAUCCAGAUCGUUGUAGAUGUCCUGCAUCAAAAUGUAGUCAUGAACCACCUGAAAAUUGUAAAAACAUGCCUAUUUUGAAAGGAUGCUUUAAGCAUACUUUGGUAGGUAUAUCAAAUGUUUCAGGUUGGGGACUUUAUGUUAUGGAGUAUGUCAACAAAAAUGAUUAUUUAGGGGAAUAUGUUGGGGAGUUGAUUUCACAGAAAGAAGCUGAGAGACGUGGAAGAAUCUAUGAUAAGAGAGGAGUUAGUUUUCUAUUUAAUUUAAAUAAAGAAUCAGUAAUAGAUGCUACCCGUAAGGGCAAUAAAUUUAGAUUUAUAAAUCAUUCAUCUUCUCCUAAUACGGCAUGUCGUAUUGCCAAGGUUAAUGGUGAACACAGGAUAGGAAUUUACGCAAUACAAGAUCUUGAACCUGGACAAGAGUUGUUUUUUGAUUAUAGUUAUGGUGGUGAACCAAUAAAAUUUAAAUCCAUUGAACGUGACGAUGACAAAUAA